AUGUUUAUAAAAUGCCUAUUUUACGCCUUCAAAAUCUUCGGUCUCGCGCCGAUGGUCAUCGAUACAACCUCUACCGAAAAGAACAAUAAAGAAGCUCAUAAAAUCAUUUUUCUGUCCUCGAAACUCGGAGUACUGUACAACGCUGCGCUCGCGAUUUUGAUAACUCUGCCAACUUAUCUGGCGAUAACAUUUGCCUACAGCGACUAUGUCGGCAGGCUCGAAUUCGAGAAGAUCACUGACACCAUACAGUCGGUUUUCACUAUCUUCACUUCGGUCUUCAUCCUGAUCAACGUCUGCGUUCACCAGAAAAGAGCAGUGGAUCUCGCCAACAGGCUGCAAACUGUUAAUUAUCUGUCAAUGACGAAAGUGAGCUGCAGUGAUAAAUCGGUCAAGCUACUAUCGUCGAUCAAGAGGAUAGUCUUGGCGAACGCGGUCACGACGAUCCUCUACUUCGCAGUCACUCCUUCGAACGAAACUCGAGUCCUGAUUUACUUCCUAGUCAUAAACGUCUAUAACACGAUCAUUCAAGCCACGCUGAUGCAAUACAGCCUGAUUCUGAAGCUUCUUCAUCAUAUUUACCGAUCUCUCAACUCCGAACUGUCGUCGCUCAAUAAAUCGCUGAUCUUCGUGGGCGAAUUCAAUCAAUUUCUCAAUAACAGUGUUCAGACAAUACUCAGAAGAUUGCAGACGGUGUGGGUGACUCACUUGUUGCUGAGCCACGUUUCCAGAGAAGUGUCCGACUUUUACUCGCUGCCGAUGCUUCUCUGUUUGAGCAAUGCAUUUUUAACUCUGAUUAUGUACAGUUAUCACUUCGUGCGAGCCUUGUUUAUAUGGAAGGAACAUUCGGGGAAUAUGGUAGUAUUGAUUUUGCGCACGUUCAUGCAAGUUGUUACCGUUGCCGUCUCGUUGACGAUUCUCACAAGGGCUGCUGGUCUCACCGUUAGCGAGAGUAAACGCACUGGAGAAAUCGUUAGUGAAUCUACAGUCUAUGGCCACAAUCGACAGAUACGGAGUCGGUUGAAAGAAUUUGCGGAUUACUUGCUCCACAAAGAGCUGAAGUUUUGCGUGUUUAAUCUGUUCGCCCUAAACGAGGAAUUAGUGAUGUCGAUCGCAGGCUCUAUAUCAACGUAUUUGGUGAUACUGGUGCAAUUUAACGAAACCAGUUCGAUUGAAAAUUGA